AUGCGUUCUUGCACUUCCAUUCUCCUGGCUUCGGCCCUUGCCUUGGGCGCUGUCGCCAAGCCCCUCGCACUCGAGAAGCGUGUCAUGGUUACUAAGAUCGACCUCGACAUCGUAACCGUCACCAAGUAUGUCACUGCUGGCCAACCCGCAGAGACUCCCGUCAGCAAGGAGGACAUCAGCUCUCACCACGGCGGCUACCAGACCCCCAAGGCUUCCUCGACUCCCGCUGCCACCAGCUCACGGACCCCGCCCAAGCCCUCGUUCCCUUCGAACGGUGGCUACAGCGCUGUUCCUGUCCCGAGCUCUACCAGCAAGUCGACACCCGCUCCCAAGCCUAGCACUAGCUCUUCGGUUUACGCGCCAGCGCCUGUGCCGAGCACUUCCUCUUCCGUCUAUGUGGCUCCUUCCUCUUCCGCUUAUGUGAAGCCAAGCACAUCUUCGGCUCCCCAACAAUACACCUCCACCACCCCGGCUGCUACUCCUUCCUCUACUCCCAUCUACGGUGUAGAGCACAAGUCGGGCGAUGACCAGGCCUACCUCUCCUCUGGUGUUGACUACCAGGACUCCGUUCUUUGGCACCACAACCGCGCCCGUGCCAACCACGGCGCAUCCAACCUUGAGUGGAGCGAUGACUGCGCGUCGGCCGCCAGCACCGCCGCUGCCUACUGCGACUUCACUCACCACGUCGUCGACGGCCAGGGUCAAAACCUCUUCACCGUCUCCGGUGACGCCUACAAUGCCACUGCUGGUAUCACUGAGUCCUGGUACAAGGCCGAAGCCGAUAUCUACGGUGCUUUCGGCGCUGCUCCCAACAUGGACACCUUCCACGAGUGGGGUCACCUUACUCAGGUCCUCUGGAAGAAGACCACCCACGUCGGCUGCGUCACCAUCGACUGCGGCUCCAAGAUGACCAUCGACGGUGCCUCCUCCGAGCUCAACCUCUACACCGUGUGCAACUACUCGCCGCCCGGCAACUACGAGGGCGAGUACGCCGACAACGUCGCUGCGCCCGUCAACUCUUACCAGGGUUACUCAUGGGCCGACUAA